AUGAUGAAUUCCAAGCUUCUUUCUCUUUUGGUCGUUGUCCUUGUUGCCACAUUGGCAUCAGCUCGAAGAUCUUCUCCAUCAUCUGGUGUUCGAGCCUUUUGGGGUCGCCACCACCGAGUCUCCAUUCCCAAAUUGUUUGACAAUCGUCAAGUCAUCAACAACAAUUACAAUUACAACAGUAUUAUGGAAUCCAAGAUGGUCGCUUUCACGACAUCCUCCUCCUCAUCAUCAUCGACAGCAGACGAAGAUGACCAUGUGGGCCAACCAAUCAAAAAGCUUCACACUCAAGAGGAAUUGGUCUAUCUUUCCUUUCAUGGAUUCUAA